CAUCCCUGCGCACAUUAGGGUUUCUGUCCUCGCUUUAACUUUCCUUCUCUUCUUCAUCUUUCCCAGUCGAUUAAUCCUUAGCUCACUUUCGAUUUCAGUUCUAAUUAUGUUCUCAUAGUCCGGUUGGAUUUUUAUACGUACAUGUAUACGUAUCAGUAUACAAUAUAUCACAUGGAGAUCGAUUGGUGCCACGAUUAAUCUCAAAGACUGGUGCCUUGAUUUUUCGCUGUUUUUCUUAUCGAUUUCUCCUUGGAGUUUGUUUUGGAUUUAUGCUAAAUUCAGAUACAUUUCGAAACUUAGAGGCUUUGCUUCUAUGGUUACUCGUUUUGAAUUUUAUUGAAAAGCUAGAUGUUGCAGUGCGAUUCAUGUAAAAUGCCAUUGCCACAAGUUGCUAUUCGGAUUUUGAUUGUUGUAUUGCUGUUUUUCAUGCUGUGAAUUAUUCACCGCACCGUUAAAUUUUGCUUAUAUAAGUGAAAGUUAAGGUUAGAAUGUAAUUGACGGUCGAGAAGGUAGUUACCGUGUGUAACAGAUGGCCUCGGUGAUGCUAUUUUGUCUUUUUUAUGCUAAUAUAUAUGUUCAGCUAUCCGUAUUCAUAGUGAUACUAUUCUCACAUCUUCUCUUUUAUAAUGCUAUAAUAUGCUGUUCAUGCUCAUAUUUUUGUUCAGCUAUCCUCUGGUUUUACUUCCAUAGUUGUUGGAUUAAUGGGAUGAGAUAUUUUUGUAUGUAAUUGUUGCAAUUCAUGUGUCAAUAUUUUUUUUCGUGCAUUCACACCAUAUCAGGUACAAUUUACCUACAAGUAUGUCUUUUGUAUCACUGAUUAGUUUAACAAUGUUUUUGUUUAGAAAUGGCUGACAAUAGCAUUUUCUAAACCCCCCUGACAAAGACCACAAUGUCUGAAGAGGCUGGGCAGAUGAUGCUGGUUUAUGACGAUCCCUCAGAUCAGAGGUCCAUAUCACCUGAUGAAGCAAGCAGCUCCGAGGAAUCUCCAGAUGAGACCAGACUGUCCUUGGAGACAACAAAUGAUGCAAUUCCAUAUAUUGGUCAAAGAUUUGUAACUCAUGAUGCUGCUUAUGAGUUCUAUAGUGAAUUUGCAAAGCGCUGUGGGUUUUCAAUCAGGCGCCACCGAACAGAGGGCAAGGAUGGCGUUGGGAAAGGUCUCACAAGGCGUUACUUUGUGUGCCAUCGUGCAGGAAAUACUCCCACCAAAAAUUCAAAUGACAGUAAACCACAAAGAAACAGAAAAUCUUCUCGGUGUGGAUGCCAAGCAUACAUGCGUAUAAGCAAGUCAACUGAAUUAGGAGUACCUGAAUGGCGAGUCACUGGAUUUGCAAAUCACCACAACCAUGAACUUCUUGAACCAAAUCAAGUGCGUUUUCUUCCUGCAUAUCGCACAAUUUCGGAAUCUGACAAGAACCGAAUUCUCAUGUUUGCCAAGACUGGAAUCUCAGUGCAACAAAUGAUGAGGCUGCUUGAACUUGAAAAAUGCAUUGAGCCUGGAUAUCUUCCAUUUACUGAGAAAGAUGUGCGGAAUUUGCUACAGUCUUUCAGAAAAGUAGACCCUGAGGAUGAGAGCAUAGAUUUACUUAAAAUGUGCAGAAAUAUUAGGGAUAAAGAUCCCAAUUUUAAAUUUGAGUUUACACUUGAUUCUAGUGGGAGAUUGGAGAAUAUCGCUUGGUCAUAUGCCUCAUCUAUCCAGUCAUAUGAAAUUUUUGGUGAUGCUGUGGUCUUUGAUACAACACAUCGAUUGGCUGCUUUUGACAUGCCUCUUGGAAUAUGGGUAGGAAUGAACAAUUAUGGUAUGCCCUGCUUCUUUGGCUGCGUACUUCUUCGUGAGGAAAAUUUGAGGUCAUUCUCCUGGGCGUUGAAGGCUUUCUUAGGAUUUAUGAAUGGGAAAGCUCCCCAAACAAUAUUGACCGACCAAAAUAUGUGCCUAAAAGAAGCAAUAGGAAUGGAGAUGCCAACCACCAAACAUGCACUUUGCAUAUGGCUUACUGUGGCGAAAUUCCCUUCAUGGUUCAAUGCUGUUCUUGGGGAACGGUAUAAUGACUGGAAGGCUGAGUUCUAUCGACUCUAUAACCUGGAAACCAUUGAAGAUUUUGAACUGGGUUGGAGAGAUAUGGUGAAUUCUUUCGGUCUGCACACAAACAGGCAUAUAGCUAGUUUGUAUGCCUUGCGACAUCUUUGGGCGCUUCCAUACUUGAGAAGCCACUUUUUUGCAGGAUUGACAACUCCCGGCCAGUCAAAAUCAAUAAAUGCUUUUAUUCAACGGUUUUUAAGUGCCCAGACUCGACUUGCACAGUUCGUAGAACAAGUAGCUGUAGCUGUGGAUUUUAAGGAUCAAGCUGGAGAGCAACAGACGAUGCAGCAAAAUAUCCAAAACAUUAGCCUGAAAACAGGAGCUCCAAUGGAAUCACAUGCUGCCUCAGUUCUCACACCUUUUGCUUUCUCGAAGCUACAAGAGCAACUUGUUAUGGCUGCCCAUUACGCGUCAUAUCAGAUGGAAGACUGUUUCCUUGUCAGGCACCAUACAAAGCUCGAAGGAGGUCGAAAAGUGUAUUGGGUUCCACGGGAAGGGAUCAUCAGUUGCAGCUGCCACCAAUUCGAGUUCUCUGGAAUCCUCUGUAGGCAUGCUCUCCGAGUUCUAUCAACUGGGAAUUGCUUCCAAAUUCCAGAAAGGUAUCUGCCCCUACGUUGGCGGCGAAGCAUGCCUCUCAACAGAUAUCUUCACGCUCCCCGGAACGAUCAUGCGGAGAGGAUGCAGCAGUUGCAGAGCAUGGUAUCAAGUCUUGUAACAGAAUCUGCGAAAUCGAAAGAACGGUUAGAUCUGGCAACUGAGCAUGUGUCUGUUCUUCUAUCUCGAAUUAGGGAACAGCCAGUUUCGAGUCUGAGUAUGAGAGAACUCUCUUCCACACAUCGAACACUUACUUAAAAGAAGAUAUGGAGUAUAUGGCAACGGAACAAAGGUCCAUUCCUAGAAAACUUUGUAGAGUAUUAUCAAUCGCACUCACUAGUCAUUGUAAAAGGCUUAGAACUGCCCGUGAGUUCAUCGCAUUUCUUAAAAGAAAUGAUGCUCAUUUUUCUCGGCUAGAAUUCCGGAUGUGGAGAUAAUAUACUAAGACUGCAUGUCGGCUUGUGGUUGGUUUCGGUUGAUUGAAACGAAACCAUUUUCAGGUUUCGAUUAAA